AUGGAAGGAGGUUAUAUGGCAAAGUCAGAACGCUUGAAGCUAGCUCAAGAAGUGAGGAAUACCCAUUUUUCAAUGGGUAACAGAGGCCCAGAUUUUAAUUCAACUUCUCAUGAAAGCUAUCCUAAAUUGCCUUAAAGACAAAAUAUUUUUUUUAAUUAGAAUAAUUUUUUAUUUUUGGAAUCAUUUGAAAUGAAAUCCUUAUUUAAUUUAUUUAAUAAUUACAAGAAAUAUGCAAAAUUAGUGAAAGGUUUUUAUUUAAGAUAGCUAUUAAACGCAUAAUAAUUAUUAAAAUAAAUAUUUAAAAUGCAAAAUCCAAAAUAAAUAUAUGCUCCCUCCCUCAUUUAUUAGGAGAGGUAAGCAAAAUUUUGAAAUAAGUAAAGUGGAUAAAAACCAUGUCAAAGACAUAAAAAGUUCACAUUUUCAGUUAGGAGAUGCUUUGCACCCUGGAGUUAUGAAAACAGAAACUAAAGAUAACUACAAACAUUUUCAAAAUGUAGAUAGCGUCGAUGUAAAAGCGAUCAAAGACGUGCUCAGUAAUUCUCAUUUUACACUAGGAAACAACCCAUCUAUUUUUGCAACUACUUCAUCUAUGUAUAAGCAGUACCCAAAAGAUAAUGGAGAUCGGAAUAUUCAAAGAGCGGAAAGUGAAAAGCAGCUGAGGCAGCACAAUUUUAAGUUCGGCACAGACAGUGAAACUAAAGAGUCAAUUUUCAGGUCUGAUUAUUCACCUAAAUCUGUCAGCAAAAUAAGUGAUUCAAACUUAUCUUCGCUAAAAAAAGAACUCAGGGCUUCCCAUUUUCAGGUAGGCUCUAAUGAAACUUCUUAUCUAAGCACAGCCCAAAAAGACUUUGGGCCUAAACCCCGAUGCAAGUCUGAAAUAAGCAAAGGUAUCAGCAACGACCAAAAAAAAGAACAUUUUCAAUUAGGGGUCGAAAAAUAUGGACUUUCCUCUACCUCACAGCUUUACUUUAACCACAAAGAAGCCCCAAAACAAACUUUAAAUCAAGAAAAUCUUCAAGAUUUAAGAGUCCACCAUUUUUCAUUAGGAAACGAAAAACCAUUAUAUUCUGUCACUUCUCAUUCUACAUUUAAGGCAAAAGACCUAAAUGAGUUAACUGGCUCUCAAAGUUUGGCGUAUUUGAAAAAAGACCAUAUGAAAUUUGGCAAUGAUCCUUUGGUUAUAUAAUGCUUGAUCUGCACUUUUUGAUAGUCAUGUGGUAACAAUUUUACAAUAAAAAUUUUCUAAAAAAAUCAUGCACCAGAUCCUUCUCAUUUUAAAACUGUUUAUAAUUCAACCCAUUAUGAGCUUCCGCCUGAUGAAAAAAAUAUAGCAAGAGAUAGACUUUCUGAUUGCCAGUCACAUAUAAAUCUUGGUUCUGACCCUGUUGUAGCACAAAGUAUCAAUAAAUUGACUUUUCAGCCUAAUUAUGGAGCAUCCCCUGGAAAUUUAGACCCAAAAUUAGCAAAAGAGCUGAGGAGUCACCAUUUCCAUUUAGGAAUUGAUAAAGAUAUAUUUAAAACUACGUCAAGCCUGUAUGGGAUUGGAAAAGGAGAGCAUGCUAGGAUUGAUAAAGAUAAAGUCAGCGACCUAAGGCAAGCUCAUUUUGCCUAUGGGUCAGAUGCGCCUCAAUUUGUAUCAACCACUAUGAAAGAUUAUAAAGCAAGUCCGCAGAAAAAUUCAAUUUUGCAUAAGAACUUACUCCCCCCCCAUCCUUGAUCGAACGACUCGCCAUCGUUUGAUCAAGGAUGGGGGUUAAAAAAAAUUUUAUAUACAAAAUAAAAAAUAUAUAUAUAUAUGUUUUUUUUAUUUACUUUUAAAUAAGAGGGUUAAGAGUAUUUAAUAAUUACUUUUACAGAUAAAAAUUGAAUUAAUUUCAUAAAAAUACCAAUUUUUAAUAUUUUGAUUUAUUAGUUUACCCCUUUAAACUGUAUAAAAUUUUAAUUAGUUCCUUAUUAAAUUUUGCUAAAAGGUCAGCUGGUCUCCCUUUGUGGCGGCCAAACGGAAGGUCGCCGGGGGUGUUUGCUUCCAUGGGGAAGGGCUUGCUGCCGGAGAAAACUGCUAGUGGUGGCUCUUUGGGGUUGUUGGUCUUUUGGGGGUCGGAGUUGUGGGAGUCGUGGGGGCUCAGGUGAAGGGGAGUUGUGGGAUUUCUUCUUUUUUUGGGGAGUUGCGCGAUUCUGACGUUCUGAUGUUGUGAUUGAGGAUCUUCUGAUGUUGGAGGAAUUGAAGGAGAGGAGGAUUUUCUGAUUGUGGGGGAGUUGCUGGAGUUCUGUGUUGGGGAGUUUGGCUUGAUCGCUUUAACGUAGGAUAGGAUAAUAGAACACUUUUUCUUCUUAUUAAAUUAAAUACUUUUUUUUAAAUUUUAAAGAAUCUCUAUUUUAUUAGAUUAUUAAGUUUUUAAGCAUGGGUUGAUGACUAAAUCACUUCGGAUGGUUGAUUCCAAAGCUUUUUGUCGUCUCAAAGUCUCUGAAAACAACUUCAUUAGAUACAUCUUCCCAAGCUUUUGAUAACUAAUAUAUUUUUAUAUAUAUAAAAAUUUGCAUGAUAUGAAAAUCGUUCGAUCAAGGAUGGGGGUUAAUUUCCCCAAUUUCUAGGAAUUUUUACAGUCAAUCGUUCGAUCAAGGAUGGGGGGGGAGUUAGCAAAACAAUUAGGAGACCAUAAUUUUGUUAUGGGAGAAGAAUCUGGGGAUUGGAACACAAUUCAUAAAAGCUCGUUUAAAUGGAUAAAGCCGGUGCCGAGUGUGAAAUUUCAUCAAUGAUAA